AAGAUUUUGGGUUUAUUCCAUAUUUGAUGUUGCUGCCAACAUUACUACUCUGGCCUUCUUUUUUUUUUUAAGUACUUUUCCCCCUCUAUAUAUAUGUGUGUGUGUGUGUGUUUCUCCAUGUCAGGCCUCUCUACCUUGCCCAAAUCAAGCAAUCUAUAAAACUCACAAGAAGAAGCAAGCAAGCAGCACUCAUGUCCGACGGAUCACAACCAGUCGAUGAAGCAAAUCAAGAGCCGCAACAAUUGGAAAAAAGAAAUCAGCUGACGCGAGGACUCGAAAUCUACCGGAACGCACUAGACGACAUCGUCAACGCCAAUGGACUCUUCACCAUAGCCGUCUUCGUCGGUCUAUCUUUAGCUCAACCUGGUCAACGCAGUCUCGAGGAACGUCACGAAUGUGACGCAGACAUGACACUGGGAAAACAACUAGUGGUGUCGGAAGUAAUUGCCUUCGCCUGUUACCUGCUUUCGAGCUUAGUAGCUAAGGCUCUCAAGAUCCAUCUCAGCGUCUGCACCCCCGAGCAGUACGAGCAGUUUAAGUACAAGGUUAUCAGGGGAAGCCUGCUGGUUCUGUCCGUCUGGAGCUCCAUCUUCGGCUGCAUCUUCUUGACCAUCUCCAUGGUUCAUGUCAUUCAGAUUCGGGUUGGGAAGUUGUCUUGCGGCAGCGUCUAUACGCUUCGAUCUGCUGGAACGCUGAUCGCGCUUGUCGCUCUGGCUCUGUUUAUUUACAUCACCUUCACCAUGCAUGCCGUUUAUGUUUCCAUGAAUGGUCGAACUUGAUGAUCCUGAAAGGUUUUUCCACUCCGGCGGCGGCUUAUGGUGACGGAGGAGACUGAGUUUUCGACGGGUUGCUAUUCAUGCAGAUUAAAAAUAUUGGUUUACGUAACUUGCUUGGGGUGGCUAGUGCUAUUUGUUGUCGAGAUAUAGAAGGAUAAAAAAUAAGAAACCCAAGUAUGGUGAUUUGUUGUGUAAUUUUAAAUUAAUUUCUUUCUGGUGUGUUAUUAUUUGU